GUUGCGUUGUUUGGAAACUUGUUGGUUAUAUAUACCUAUACCUAUGUAGAUUUGGGGCGGAGUAGAAGGUAUCGGUCGCCGGGGUCGACUGUUGGAGGAGGAUCGCCCAAUUGGCUCAAAGUGCGAGAGCUGCCGGCAGCGUUUAAAGUGCAAAACGACAUCGGGGGACUAAUCACUCAUUUACGGCAAAAAACAAGGCAACUUUAUUACGGGCAUUUCGAUAAAAUAGCCAAAGAGAGGAGCUGCGUCACCUGCCUGCUUUACUGGGUUUGAUUCCAUGGCCGAAACUACAACCUGUAAACGAUAUAUGUAUACUACAUAAUUAAACAAGCCGUAAUCUUAUCGACACUCGGACUCCGACGGAAGUCUUGGCCAGCGCAGUCGGUGAAACGGCAGCAAACCGGACGGAAGCAUGGGAGCGGAGAAUCUUCUAGCCGAUCAGGAAGUGAUACUGAUGGAGACUGAGAAUGCCAGCGAAGAUCAGAGCAACAGCUAUGGGGUUUCCCUGGAGGAUCUGCAACUGUUUGCCCAGCUUGAGGAAGGUCUCACCGGACAGCUGGAGCUAGAUCUUCUGGAGCUGGUAACUGCGCAGCGGGAUAGUUCUGUGGACAAGACGCCUAAGCCUUCGCUGGGUACACAACAACAGGCAUCUACGAGUGCCAACAAACGCAGACGGUCGGCAGCAUCUUCAUCUCCUUCUUCUGGCCACACCUGUGAUACCUGCGGCCGACGCUUCUCGGAGGCCUACAAUCUGCGCAUUCACAAGAUGACCCACACGGACGAGAAGCCACAUGUGUGCGGUGAUUGUGGCAAGGGCUUCCGGCAGUUGAAUAAGCUGCGCAUCCAUGCGGUCACCCACACGGAGGAACGACCCCACAAGUGUGAUAUUUGUGGCAAGGGAUUUCGUUAUGCUAACUACCUGGCUGUCCACCGGCGACUGCAUACGGGCGAGAAACCAUAUCCGUGUCUGGUCAAGAAUUGUUCCAUGUCCUUUCACUCCAUUCAUGCCCGACGGAUCCACAAGAAACUGCAACAUGCUGCGGGUAUUGAACUGCCACUGGAGCAGCAACUAGAUGGGGACUCGGAGACCUCCACUUCCACCUCGUCACUCAGCUUCACGUGUCCUGUGUGUGGCCGUGUCCUCACCGAUCAGUGCUAUCUGAGCAUCCAUCUCAAGCGUCACUACAACCAGCGUGACUUUGCCUGUCCGCAACCGGAGUGUGGCAAGCGGUUCUUUAGUGCCUCGGAACUGAAGCACCAUCAGAUAGCCCAUACUCAGCAUCGUCCAUUUGCUUGUCCCCUGUGUCCGGCACGUUUCCUGCGCAAAUCCAAUCACAAGCAGCAUCUCAAGGUGCACGAGCGUUAGGGUUAGGCUCUCCGCCGAAGAAAGUAAGAAGAAUUAAUUAGUUGGAUUGAGUUAAAGCCUUAAAAUCAUAUAUAUGUACCUUAGGAAACUCCAUGCAUUUCGAUUAAUAAUAAACCCAGUUAAAGCUUCAACUACUUGUGCCCCACUUCCGUCCCACUUGAAAUCCCAUCCAACUUGCCUUGGGAAGCGGCGCCUAUGUGUGCUCGCUCUAUCGCUUUUUGUUUAAUAUUAUAAGUGUUUAUUUAAAUAUACGAUUUGUGUUUGUCUUUAUCUUGCAUGCUUGCAUAUUAGAUAUAUGUAUAUAUAAAGUUACGUAGGGUACGGGUACGGGGUUGCUGUUGCUGGUUCUCUGUGGUUGUUCUGUGCUGUU